AUGGUGGAUAAGGUUUACAAAUUACAAACAAAGUUGCUGCAAAAGUCACAAGAAGUUAGCAUUGAAGAUAAUAAUUCUACUGCCAAUAGUUGUUUAAGUGGAAAAGGGAAAAGUCAGGUGGAGAUAACACCUAAGGAUAUGUUCAAAAGAGGAAUCACCAGGUCUGAAGAGUUUCAAAAAAUGUUUGAAUCUGCUAUAAAACAUGGUAUAGGAUUUAAGCCACCAACCUAUCAUGAAAUUAUAGUGAAGAGGAGAAGGACUAUACUGAAUUUUUUGGUGAAUAGUCCUAAAGGAACUGUUUUUUUGAAGUCUAUUGAUGCAUAUGAUAUAACUAAGACAACUGGUAAGAUUUUUAAGAUGAUAGAUGAUAUUGUUGAAGAGGUUGGGGAAGAAAACGAUGUCCAAGUUGUUACCGACAAUGCUGCCAAUUAUAAAGCAGCAGGGGAAUUGUUGAUGGAAAAGAGAACAAAGUUGUAUUGGACACCUUGUGCUUCCCAAUGCAUUGACUUGAUGUUGGAAGAUUUUGAGAAUAAAAUACCUCUCCAUAAAGAUACAAUUGCUAAGGGUAAAAAGAUCAUAACUUAUAUUUAUGCAAGAACAAGUCUUAUUUCUUUGUUGCAUAAGUUUACUAACAAUGCUGAUUUGAUUCGACCUGCAAUGACUCGUUUUGCCACUUUUUAUUUGACAUUGGGAUGUUUGAAUGACCAUCGAGGUGAACUAAUUAAUAUGUUCAAUUCGAAAGAAUGGAAGACUAGCAAAAUUGCAAAGAGUAAAGAUGGAAUCAUUGUGGAAGAGAUUGUGUUGGAUAAGUUGUUUUGGAAGAAUGUUUUGAAUUGUAUGAGGAGCGCUUUCCCACUUAUUAGAAUGUUGCGUAUGGUGGACUCCGAUGAGAAGCCGGCCAUGGGAUUUAUUUAUGAAGAAAUGGAUCGGGCGAAAGAGAAGAUUCGGUUAAGCUUUAAUGGGAUUACUAAGAGCUACAAUCCCCUUUGGAAGAUAAUUGAUCAAAGGUGGGAUAAGCAACUUCACAGGCCAUUACAUGCUGCAGGCCUUUAUUUGAACCCCAUCUUGCGUUUUGCUCCGGGAUUCACUAUUGAUAAUGAAGUUACAAAUGGCUUGAUUGAUCUUCAACUUGGGGAUUUCAAAGGAAAAGCUGGAUCUUUUGGUAGUGAUUUUGCUACAUUUGCACUUCAAACUAAAAUACCAACACAAUGGUGGGAUUCUUAUAGAGGCGGUCAUCCUGAAUUGCAGUGGUUUGAUUUCAGAGUUCUUAGUUUGACAUGUAACUCAUCUAGAUAUGAAAGGAACUUGAGUACUUUUGAAAGGGUUCAUACUAAGAAGAGGAAUCACUUAAAGCAAAACACGAUGAAUAAGGUAGUUUUUGUGAUGACUAACUCAAAAUUGGGGAAAAAGAAGAACAAGAGAAAGAAUGCUAACUAUGAGGUUGAUGAAAUUGAUUAUGAAAAUGAAGGGGAAAAGUGGAUCGCGAAUGUGGAGGAUAAUGAAGAUGAUGAAGAUAUUACACUUGAUGCUGGAGAAGAUGCUAGUGGUGUUAUUGGUGAUGAUUUAGAUGUUCCUUCCAUUGUUGAAGAUGAUGUCAUUGAAGUGGAAGAGAAUGAGGAUGAGAAUGAGGAGGAAGAUUUAUAUGACUAUCAUGAUAUAAGAAUGCAUAAUAUCUUAGAUGAUUAG